AUGAAGACAGUCCUGCUGCUCCUGGUCGUCCUGGCUGCGGCCACCGGCCCAGCCUGGGCUCUCCGGUGUCACGUGUGCUCCAGUGCCACCGACUGCCUGAAGCCUCAGACCUGCCCGAGCUCCUCGCGCUACUGCAAGACUCAAAGCAAGGUGGACCUGCUGAGAGGGAACCUGGUGGAGAAGGACUGUGCGGACUCGUGCACGCCCGACAGCUACCAGUCCAGCCAGGUCAGCAGCGGCUCGUUCAGCACCCUGUGCUGCCAGGGGGACCUGUGCAACGACCUGAAGCUGCAGACGAGGCUGCCAAACCACGCGCCUGCCCGCGCCCAGCUCUCCGGCUGCGCUCUGCCCCUGGCGCUGGCCUUGGGCCUCCUCGCCCUCCUCCUGGCCCCCGGCCUGUGAGCCCGGGGGAGCCCUUCCCGGAACCCCCGCGGCCCUCUCCCAUGGCGAUGGGGGCCUGGUGGCUUCCUCGAAAGGUCUGGGCUGGAUCCCGUGGGCACAGAGAGCCAGAGAGCCACCCCCCAGGA